GGGGGAACACUGUUGUGUUUUUGAGCCCCGCCUGCGUUCGGCUCAACUCUAAGCAUACAACCAAGCACAGAGUGGCACAUGAAAGCGCACGGCCUCGCUUAACGAGCACGGCACCUUUCAUCGUCAUGGCGACGGUGGAGGAGGUUCUGACAUCGUGGGGCGCGGUCUACGUCGCUCUCUUUCUCCCCGCCAUUCUCAUGCUUGCAAACUUUGUCUUUGGAAGGUGCUUCGUCAGCGAGGCGCUGAGUCGGGCUCAGCACGCACCGCAGUCCGUCCACACGCGAUCGCGCAUCGUCGGCCGCGCGCACGUCGCCGUCGUCGCUCUUUCCUUCGCGUGGCAGUUCUACGUUGUAAUGUUUGUCGCCCGCCUGCACGUCGUCGGCGGCAGCGAUAACGUCCACGCGUGUAAUCCAGCGUUCUUUGUGUGGGAUGUGGUCGACUCUCUGCCGUGGGAGGGCUCCGCGCGUACCGAUCUCCUGCUCCAAUGCAGCGCCUCCGACAUCGCCUACCUCACGUCCGUGACUCUUUUUGCCAUUUUGUAUGCGUCGUGUGUCUUCAGUGUACCGCAGCUCUCGCACAGCGAGCCCGUGCCGAAGGAGGCGGCCGCAGAGACCAUCGUUGCCGUGUCGCACUGUCGCAAGUGUGGGGCGGAUAUUUUUCAAAUGGACCACCACUGCUACUUCAUCUGCAACUGCGUGGGCAAGCGCAACUGGCUAACGUUCAUACUGUGCCUGAUUGCCGGCGUCGUCAACUUGAGCUAUCUCCUUUGCAACUAUCUGGUGUGGGUGCUCACCGAAGGUGAUGCAUUGACCAACCUGGGUGCAUUGCUGGUUGUAGUGUGCGAUGUUUUUCUUGUGGCCCUGCUGUGCUUCCAAGUGCUGUUGUGGAGACGAGGUUGGUCCACCAAGGAGUUUCUCAAGGUUCGCAGUCGCGACAAUGAGUCCGUGUAUCGUUCUGCGCGACGUCUCCUCUUUUAG